GGGCAAACUGUUGACAGCACGUAUAUUUCGCUUUUCUUUCUUGGACAUUGAAACGCCUGUCAGCCUGUGUCGUAACCAUGCCAUGUACGGAGGCUGAGAGACACACACUGCCCGGGCCUUUGUGAGGAAAGGAUGGACUGCCUGCCUCUAGUUCUUUAUCUCAUGUCCCUUCUUGAUUCUGUUAUCAGCUCCCUUCCUGCUCCGGUCAAUCUUUCUAUGGAAUCUGUCAACUUCCGCCAUAUCUUGAGUUGGGAUCCUGGUCCCGGCACCCCACAAGGAACAAAUUACAAAAUCAUCAAGAGGGUGGAGAAGAAAGCAAGCAAAAAGACACCGUCCUCAAAGACUACAUCCAUUAAGCUGAAACUUAAGAGCGAAGUCGAAUAUGAGCUGACUGUCCAGGCGUCUUACAACCAAACCCUGUCUGCAGAGUCCAAACCAUACAUCUUCCAACCUUUCACACAAACUAAAAUAGGUCCACCAAAUGCCUCACUACUUGGAUGUGGCAACUGCAUCCAGGUCAACAUUUCCUUCCCUGAAGCUGACAGGAGUGCAAAACUUAAUAAGAGUAUGAAGACAUUUUAUGGCGCUCGCUUCGUAGUGUCUUGGUGGAAACCGGAAGAAGAAGGGAUGAAGUGGUCCAUGGAAACAAGAGAAACGAGUAUUACUCUGACCAACCUACAGAAUGGUACAGAGUACUGUGUACAGGUGGAAACAAAGAUCAAUACAAAUAAAAACACAGAGCCAUCUGCUUUGAAGUGCAUCUUCACCGGCAUUGUGGAACCAAGUAGAGACCCUGUUGUUUUAGGUAUAGUUGCUGCCGUUCUGAUUGUUGGUAUUGGUGUUGUGAUGACCUCCAUGUUUGGCCUCUACUACACUGGAUUCCUCUGUAAACUGAAGGCAACUCUACCUAGAGCACUUAUUGAGGCUCAGAGCCAAGGCUACACCCUGACACCGGAGAGGACAAUCCCUGACAAUAUCUCCGUUAGUGCAGGGAGGGAGAGACCGAAGAAGCCCUACAAUGCCACAACUCCACAACCCGCCACCAGGGGCGCUGACUCGAGUGACGAGGAUGAAGACGAAGAGGGAAAGAUGUACAUGAAUAGAGGAUUUUCCUCGGGGGAAAAUUCCUGCCAGGACUCUGUUGAUGUGUCGGGAAACAGCAAGGUGUCUGCGUCAGGGGGCUCUGGCAGUUUGACGGGGGGGACGCAGGUACCGGACAUAGUGCUGGAGAUUGAGGCACCACAUGUGGGGGGGCUUGAUGAAGAUGAGCCCAAAGCUGAAGGAGCUUUCCUGUCUGAUGGAACAAUGACAGGUGAGGUGGAGGAGGAGCAGGUGUGUGAGAGCUCAGGGAAUAUCAAUCUGUUCUCAGUCACCCUUGCUGCGCUGGCUGUAUGCGAGGAAGAGGAGCACAACACAAGAGAUUCUCCCACAGACCUUUUGCAACUUUCUGAUCUGGAGCCUCUCCUGCUCACACACUCACAAACUGAGUCAGAUGAUCAGACAGCCGUGGCAUUAUUGCUACCCACACAAGAAGACAUUACUGAAGGCACACUUGCGGACACUUUCUCUAGCUGUCUCAACACCUGUGAUGGUGAGAUGCAGCAUGAAGAGACAAAAGAAGAAGAGGAGGAAGAUGAAGAGGAGGAGGAGGAAUUCUGUGGAUACAUGCAGCACUAAUGAUGUGUUGUGCUGUUUGUGAAAUGGGGCCUGAACAAGGCUAUUUCUUGCAGCUUUUAAAGUGACAUUCAAAGAAUAAUAUAUAGUAUAGUACAACUUGAGCUUAACUAGUGAUUUUUUUUCUGCUUUACUGAGGAUAAGGUCAUCUGUGGUGUGUCGUGCCUCUUACACACGUGUCUGUACAUCUAUGGGCAGGGAAGCUCCUCUGCUCCAUGGCUCAGGGCCAAUAGAAACAGCAUCAUUGUGGUGUCAUCUCUAAUGUCACAUCAGAGCAACAGUGGACCAUUUCUGAUGUUAUUGUUGUUUGCACAAUAGACUGUUCUCCUGUUGCAGAGCUUUACUUCGAUAUAUUUCAAUUGAAGACCAGAAGGAGAAAUCCACCUAGCAAAUCACACCCUGUUAAUGGUCAUUAAGUGCAUUCCUUUUAUUUGAGGUAACUGAAGUGUUGUGUCUGGCCUUUUGGCCAGACACAACACUUCAGUUACACAUCCAUACAGUUACACAUCCAUACAGCUCUCCUGCGGCAUUGGUCUGAUUUUGAAAGCGAGUUGUUCUUGUAAACAUCUAAGUAAAAAAUAUGUAACUUUACUGAGAGCUUCGAUACAUCCCACCUAUGGAUAUAAAACUUCCCGAAAAGUCAACAUAAAAAGAUACCUCACAUAAGCUGAAGUUAAAUAGACAUUUGGACUUGUCCCCGUAUGGCACUGUGUCACUGAACCAGCAUGAACAUUACCACAACUCUGAAACUGAAGCACAUCAUUGGAAUUGUCCUCAAACUUAUCAUUUAAACCUUGAUUUUGUUUUGUUCAAAAGGCCAACUUUCAAUCCCUCAUUAAAACUCAACUCUUCAAUCAUGCACCAGUGUAUGAAUGUGUGUGUGCAUGGGUGGAUGCUGGCUUGUGUUGUAAUGGACUUUGAGUGGUUGCAAAGACUAGAAAAGGACUCAUGCUGUGGGCAAUACACUCUAUUCCAAAGUCGCAGUUUGAAAAUGAAUAGUUGGUGCACAUCUUUUAAAAAAUGUUUUGUAUAAGUAUGUUGAUGUUAUUGUAUGCUAAUAACUAAAUAAGCUGCAAUAUUUGGUAUUUAGGCCUAGUAUUCACUGUAUAAAAUGAGUAUGUGGUAUUGGAUUGGAACACAGCCUAAUGAAGGAUUGAUCAGGCAGCUGGAAAGACACCAGCAAAAAAUAAUGUUGUGAAGUUAAAUGGGAAUGUUCUGUAAAACCAUGUGUGUUCUGUUCUCACAUUGAUAUUGCAUGCGUGUGUUUAUAGAUUAAUGUUUCAGACCACUGAUGCGUCAUUCUAGAAUAUAAUUCUUGACUCCAUGCUUUAAAAACAAGUUGAAAAAGGUACACAAACAGCAGUCCUAUGAUUUUACUUCUUCUAGGUCACGUGAUUUCCUAUCAACAGCCUCGUCAGAUGUUACGUUCACGUAACGACGGACAAAUUCAAUUCACCUCUAGAAGCAAAGUAAAGUUGCAAGUAACAUUUUUUUAUUGUGUGUUUUACAAUACAUUGGGGGGAAAUAACAUAACUUAAGAUGUAGCAUUAUCACGUAUCUAAGAGAAGAUGUAGUCUUAUCACCACCUGAGAGUGAAUGCUGUUUAUCUUUUUUAUUCGUUAUCGUUAUUUUUGUCCUCACUUUACGUUGCAUGUUAUCGCUGUCCAAUUAAAAUGCCAACUUUUGUACUGAAAUAACAAAGAACAUUCCUGAUGUAUUUAUUCAUUCUUCCAAUUAAAGGAAUUUUUGAAAACGCUU